GACACAGCCUUGAGCAAAGUUCCCAUGGCUCCUGAGAGGCUGGGAGCAGGGUGGUGGGGUGGAAGGAACUCACAUGGCUUCCUCCCUCUCCUGCAGGGUUCAGGGAAGGUGUGAAGAAAGGUGUAGCCGCCUCUUGUGGUUGCAGAGAUCUGAGACCCAGAAGUCUCCCCAUGGCUCCUUAUCACAUCCGCCGGUUCCAGGAGAGGGACCACAAACAGGCCGUGGACUUGUUCUGCAGGGGCAUGCAGGAGCACAUCCCCACCACCUUCCGCCACAUGCUGACACUGCCCAGAACCCUCCUGCUUCUAUCUGGGGCACCCCUGACUGUAGUCCUGGUGUCUGGCUCCUGGCUGCUGGCCAUCGUCUGUGUCUUCUUUCUGCUCCUGCUCCUGCGGUUCCUUGCCAGACAGCCCUUCAAGGAGUAUAUGACCAUGUGUUUGCGCACAGACAUGGCUGACAUCACCAAGUCCUACCUGAAUGCACGUGGCUCCUGCUUCUGGGUAGCUGAGUCUGGGGGGCAGGUGGUGGGCACAGUGGCUGCUCUGCCAGUCAAGGAUCCUCCAGUGGGGAGGAAGCAGCUGGAGCUCUUUCGCCUGUCUGUGUCCUCACAGCAUCGAGGGCAGGGGAUAGCGAAAGCGCUGGUCAGAACUGUCCUCCAGUUCGCGCGGGACCAGGGCUACAGCGAUGUUGUCCUUGAGACCUCUGUCAUGCAGCAAGGUGCUAUAACCCUCUAUGAGGGUAUGGGUUUCCAGAGAACUGGCCAGUUCUUAUAUCCCAGUAAUAUCAAUUGGCUGAUGGAGUUUUCUAUAAUUCACUUCAUGUAUCCUCUCCCUACGGCUCAGGAACACGGACUAUGAUCUUAUUUCUUAUCAUAUCUGUCAGGGUCCAAUUACUGU